CUGACUUGCCUAGUUAAAUAAAACAAAAAUCACAGGUGUUUAUUGGGAGAGCUAAGACAACAACAGGUGAGACAACAAUGGGAAACCGCUAGGACAACAACAAUGGGUGAAUGGGCAGAGAGGGUCAGUUAGCUACACUGAGGCUGGGGUUGACAGAUAAACAAAAUUAAGUACUGUGUAAAUGAACUGUCCAGCAGGCAUCAGCUCUGGGUCCAAUGAGCAGCAAUAUAUGAAACAGUGUUUGUUAUAAUGCUACAACAAUGCAGCAAUCAGAAGCUGCAACAAUGUCAAAAAUAAUCUACAAGUAAUACUGCUGGACUACAGAUGAGUCCAUAGGUCAAGGGUGGAGGUUUUCCAUUGGUCAACUUGGCUUUUAAUUCUGCUAGUUUCCGCUUCCUGUUGACCAUGGAGGUUAAUAUCAAAGAAGCUCAGUGUUAUUACGGGACUGGUUAAUGUCAGUAUUACAUUUAUUCCCGUAUUGCAUGGAUUUUAACUAGUUCAAGUUUUUCUGUUGGUAUUUGGACGACUUGAAUAGACGCUUACACCUGUGUUCAUGUCUGGCUUCUAAAGUGGGAGGCGUCACCGCUAUGAUACCUGAUAGCUACGGUGAAAUCUCAUAGCUAACCUAUUGCUAGCUAGCUUGUUAUCUGUAAACAAAGCUAGCUAGCUACCGUUAAUUUCAGUUGACAGACAACGCCCAGGUACACCUCAACAUAAAAUAGCUAUUAGCUAAAUCCUUAAGAUUUUAGGCAGUCAACCGCAUUUGUGUAGCGAGUGUAGUUAUUUGAGGUUGCAGUCCUCGGUGGGAAUAAGCUAACUAGCUAGCCAUCGAAUAGCUGUCAUAAUGGAUAAACAGGAAUCGGAUCGAUUGAUAGAGAAAGCAAAGCUGUGCUUGCGGUCAGGGCGGAGAGAAAAAGCCCUUCAACUGUUGUAUGAAGCCCAGAAAAUAUUCCCCAGCACCCGGGCCAGAGUGUUGAUUGAUGCCAUAGUGAGGAAUGGGAGCUCUGCUGCUCCAGAGGAGCCCCACAUACCCCCACCACGUGGCUUCCGAUCAAAUGAAGAGGACUGGGAUGGAGAGGAGGCACGCAGAGGAGCCAGUGAGGAGAAGCAGACCUACACAGAGGAUCAGCGUCAGGGUGUUUUCAGGAUAAAGAAAUGCAAGGACUUCUAUGAGAUCCUGGGCGUUCCUAAAGACGCUAGUGAUGAAGAUCUGAAGAAGGCAUACAGGAAGCUGGCACUGAAGUUCCACCCUGAUAAGAAUUGUGCCCCGGGAGCCACAGAUGCAUUUAAAGCCAUAGGCAAUGCGUAUGCGGUGCUCAGUAACGCUGAGAAGCGUCAUCAGUAUGACCAGUAUGGAGAACAGGCUCCGUCUGAGAGCACCGCCCACGCUCGCCACGGACACUACCGCAACUUCAACAGGGACUUUGAGGCCGACAUCUCCCCUGAGGAACUCUUCAACAUCUUCUUUGGAGGAAGGUUUCCCACAGGCAACAUCCAUGUGUACACCAACAGAGGAGCCACCUACUCUAACUUCUAUCAGCCUCGUCGGCGACGUGCAUAUGAGAGGCGCGAGGAGGAGGUGGGGCAGAACCGCAGUCAGCAGAACACCUUCACAGCCUUCCUGCAGCUUCUUCCUGUUCUGGUGCUGAUCCUCAUAUCUGUUGUGACCCAACUGAUGGCCACCAACCCUCCUUACGGUCUCUUUUACAAACCGGCCAUGGGCCUGGUGGUCUCCCGGGAGACCCAGAACAUGGGUGUUCCCUACUACGUGGACAAGGGCUUCCAGAAGGAGUACCGUGGGGAGUCCCUGGAAGAGCUGGAGAAGACCAUAGAGAGUGACUACAUUGAACACCUGCAGAGCAGCUGCUGGAAGGAGAAACAGCAGAAGUCGGAUUUGGCGAAUCUUGCACAACUGUACCGUGAUGACAGACUGAAGGCGAAGGCUGAGUCUCUGAAGCUGGACAACUGUGACAAGCUGUACCGCUUUGUGGGCCAACAGAGAGGAGAAUGAGGGGCUUAGACAGGAGAGGGAGGCAUCUCUUUCCAGCUGGGAAUUCUACACUUUACUCAUUUAAUAUUGUUUAUUUAUUUUAUUUAUUCAAUCGGGUCACUUUUUUGAAGAACAUCUCUUCUCUGGAUAGAGCACAGUGGUAGCCAAAGCCCUUUGAUCUGAAACAUUGUGCCGCCUUUCCUCUCGGAUGGAAGAAAGUGGAGGUGCAUGUACUAUGAGUUGCCCACCGUGGCUCUGUGGAUAACAACAUAAAGCCCAGUCUGGCUGGCUCUGGGAUUGUUUUAUUGAUGUACAGGAGCCUUGUUACUGCUUCCUUACAUUAAGGAAUAUAGGCUUGCUUACAACGUUUGAGAAAAUGGUUGUCUGUUCACACCUACACUUUGUUAGUCACCUGUUUGAAACAUGUUUAGCAUUGCUGCUGGGUUACUCAUUUAUUUCCAUGUUUGUUUCUGUGGCGUGAGUUUAAUGGAGUAUAUUGUGUAGGUCUUGGAAAGAACAUAGCUAGAGCAGUGAGUCACUUUUUAAUUGGAAAUAACAUUUUUAAUUGUGAAGAACGAAUGCAAGGACCUGAAAACCACUAACUUCUAGAAUAGGUUUUCAGAGACUGAGGCAAACGAGAGCUUCUAUUUGAAAAGACAGAUCUAUAUGGUCUUAAACUGUGAAGAAAAUGUAGAUUUAUUAUGCCUGUUAGAGAAAGUAAGGCCAGAGCUAUAUACUCUAUCUCUACAACAUUAGAUUCACUUACAAUCUAACUGCAGAUUUCUGUUUUAUGUGAAAUACAUUGAUACUUUUUAUUUUGCUGUGCUCUAAGACUUUGCCAAACGGCGUUGCCAUAGUUGUACUUGUCCAUUAUUUGGUCCUUCUGGUUCAUUCUGAAGCACUUGCUGCCGUUUUAUUUGGAACCUGCUGUCCUAGUCUCUAUUCCCCAAUGCAUGCAGCCCCAUGUUCUGCCCUCUUAUUUUUUAACCAUGUCCUUGUUACACAUCAGGUGCUCAGUCAAUAGCUGCUGCAGUACACCUCUGUAAAGGACUAAGAGAAAUCUACUCAUCCUGCCCAUUCAUUUAAUCAACUGUUACAUUCAUUUAAUUAACUGUUACUUUACUAAGAGCUUUCAAACAUUUCUCCAAAUGAACAUUUGUUCAGUAAUCUUUUAAUGCUUGACCUUCCUUUAGUCAGAUCAUAAAUCCAGCAGACGAAGGGUUAACAGCCACACUAGUGGCAGACAGACAGGAUGCGGUUGGGACAGUAAUGGAUUACAGAUUAGACCCGAUGCUAACUAGAGACCCAGUUGUCUCUUGGCUGAACUCUGGUGUCCAGUUGAUUUGUGCUGUCAGAGCAGGUUUUCAAGCUGGUUUAUUAAAAAGUUAAACAAUC